UGAGAUUGGGCUCAACCCACACAGCUGCAUGUAUCAUCAGAUCACCCUACCACACAUGCUCACUAGAAACACACAACACACACUGCUUACCUCUCAUCUCACACCCCAGACCACCAUGGAUGAACUUGACAUGCUUUUGGAGGAGUUGGCUCAGAGCUCCACCCAGACUUCAAAUGUUCCUGCACCCAUUCCACCCAAAACUCUCCAACUGGGAGCCUUGGUUAAAAGUAACAACACAACACAGCUUGAACAAACUGAAUCUUCUGGAUUUGUUGGUGGUCCAGGAAAUAAAUAUAAUCCCUACAGUGUGGUUCCAGUCCCUGUGGAAGCAGGAGUGAUGAGUCCCAGCACAGCUACACGGGAGCUUGACUCCAUCAUGAAUGAGCUGCUAGGGCUAGGCCUGGAGGUUUCAGAAUCAGUUCCCACAUCAAACCCACCUCCAUUGGCUUGCAAGUCAAUAAAAGACAAAAAACCUCAGGAAACUAAAGAAAGUGAUGGUGGAAGCCAAAAAGAGACUAAGAAACCACAGCAUCCUCCUCUGUCAGAGAAAGUAUCCAAGAAUGUGGAUACUAUAGAUGACCUGCUGGGCUCUCUCAGCACGGACAUGGAGAAAAUGGGGGUCCACACAGCUGCCAAAGGCCAUUGUGCUUCUUGUGGCAAGUGUAUAGCUGGAAAGAUGAUCACAGCUCUGGGUCAGGUGUGGCACCCAGAACACUUUGUGUGUACGGCAUGCAGGGAAGAACUCAGCACUUGUGGUUUCUUUGAGAGAGAUGGCAAGCCGUACUGCGAGAAAGACUACCAGAACCUCUUCUCCCCUCGCUGCGCUUACUGCAAGGGUCCUAUUGCUCUGAACAUUCUAACAGCGAUGGAUCAAACAUGGCACCCAGAACAUUUUUUCUGCACCCACUGUGGAGAUCUGUUUGGACCUGAUGGUUUUCUGGAGAGAGAUGGUAAACCAUAUUGCUCUAGGGAUUUCUACCGACUCUUUGCACCCAAAUGCUCUGGCUGUGGAGAGCCAGUGAAGGAGAACUAUCUGACUGCAGCCAAUGGAACCUGGCACCCUGACUGCUUUGUAUGUGCGGACUGUCUGAAGCCUUUUACAGACGGAUGCUUCCUUGAGUUGAACGGUCGGCCCCUCUGUUCCCUGCACUACCACUCUAGACAGGGCACUCUGUGUGGGACCUGUGGAGAGCCCAUCUCGGGUCGCUGCAUCGCUGCUAUGGACCGCAAGUUUCACCCUGAUCACUUUGUGUGUGCGUUCUGCCUUCGGCAGCUGAGUCAGGGUGUGUUUAAGGAGCAGGGAGGGAAGCCGUACUGUUCAGUAUGUCACGAGAAACUCUUUGUGUGAAAGAAGUACUGUAAGAUGAUUCCAGAAGUGUAAAAAUUAGUUAGGGACUUCAUCUUACAUCAUGAUA